UGAGCGGGCCAUAACUGUGUGUGCCAAUGGCUGAGAUCGUUUCUUGUUGCCCAGCAACCAGCAAAUAUAGCGCAUGCGCAGUCUUGAAUCGCUUGUGCAGAGGCAGCUGGACAGUGGGAAUCGCAAACUAUACUGUAAAACAUUGAUUAAGGCUACUCAAGCAAUGCUGGCGAGUACGAUAAUAAACCACCGGCAGCAUGUUGGACUGCAGAAGCUCUCGGCCCUGGCAGGAAUCACACAUUCCUCUUUGGGCCCCAACAAAAUGUACAAGUUUAUCCGAGAUGAAACGAGCGGGGAGUCGGCUCUGGCGUGCUCGUGCUUUCGCCUCUUGGAGAACUUGGAGCUGACCUGCGGGGUGGCUCAACUGGUCUACGAGACCGUUCGAGCCCACCACAAGGUCUAUGGCACCGGGUCGGGAUGCCUGCUGUUCCUCGCGGGGGCGUGGAGCCGCGCCGCCACCGAGUGCCUGCAGAGAGGAGUUCCGGUGGCGCGCAUUGUCUCGGCGAUGUCCGAGGGGAUGGAUGUGUGCUUGGACGUUUGCGGGAAAUGCGGCGUCUCCACCGCGAGCCUCGGUGCGGCGCCGGCAGAGAGCUGCGCCGCAACCUCUCUGGGUUCGGGACUCCACCCCUUGACGAAACCCACCGCGGAGGCCUCACAAGCGUCGUGCCACCUGCGAGGGACAAGACAGGCUGCCGACAAGACUCUAAAUGCCAGUGGACAAAGGAAAAUAAAACUCAGCAGACAUUUUUAUGAGACCAAGACUGAAGACGUCUCCACGGUUAUGCAACCUCCUCGGGCCAAGCCUGCUGACGUCGCUCUCGUCGCUGCGGGAUUGAGUCACGGUUGUGACGAAGCAAUGAAUUUAGUCUUCGCAGCCAGCCGCUUACAAUCCAAAACGAAACGACAAGAUGUCAGCUGUUCUACCUUCGACGUUUCUAAAGUGGCCACUUGUGUGCUGCCUGGUUUGCCAGAGGAGCAUGCGUGUGUUUUACGGGGCUGCGUCGUUCUUGUGUCUGAUGAACAGGCCUCGGUUGCCCAUCAUUUAAAAGAACAACACUUAAAAGUUGCUCUCAUUAAUGGAGAUUUAUCCGAUACAUAUCGCCAUCUCGGCUUCAAAAGGCUAAAGGGUGUGCAGAGUGUGGGCGACCGGUCGCACUUUUCGAGUUCAAACAAAGAAGAAGAGUGGACGGAAAAAGUGUCGAGACUUCUGUUGAACCUAGAAGUGAAGCUGAUAGUCGUCAGUGGGACCGCGGGUGAGAAAGUGAUUCAGCGCUGUUGCAGACUCCACAUUCUUGUGGUGGAAAAAGCGAAUGUUUCAGUUUUGAAGGCUCUGGCUGAUGCAAGUGGCGCGGUUCCGGUGACCUACGCCACACAGUUGAGUAAGCGCUGCGUUGGAUCCGGGGUGAAGGUCGCGAUCUGGGGCGACAGCCGUCAGACGAAGCCCUCGACGGCUGUGAACAUUUCCACCGCGGAGGAGAGCGGCGGGUUGGUGACCGCCGUCCUCACGAGUUGUGUGCAGAGCAAGCUGCAGGCCCUGGAGGACCAGUUUUGGGCGUGUGCGUAUCGCCUGCACCACGCGCUGACAGACAGCGUCCUCCUGCCUGGUGCCGGAGCCACAGAAAUGCUUUGCGUUCAUCACCUGCGAGGGCAAGCGGAGCAACGGCACGGCGCCGGGACGAGUGGGGGCGGCGUCCAGCGGACCAGAGCGGGGAGAGCAGGCGACCCUUACAGGGGUUUAGUGAUGAGCCUCAUGGCGGAGGGGUUAAUAGAUUACGUAUCCACUGUAAUGGUUAACACGGGGGGGGUUUCAAAAGUCCGAGCCAGGACCGCUGUGGGCCAACGACUGAAGGACUCUACGGAGGAUCAAGGUGUACAAGCAAAACUCUCACAGCUCUCUUUUGCAGGCGAACAAGAGGAUGGUUCCCUGAGAUCUAGUGACGCGCCAGCAGCACAGGUCUAUGACGUUGUGAGUGUGAAGCAGGAAGCAUGGAGGAGGGCCUUGGACCUGGUUCUCCUCGUCUUGCAGACGGACGCGGAGAUCAUCACAGGCGUCGGCCCGAAACAUGAUGCUGCGCACGGAGACAUGAUGCUGUUGUGA